UUUUUCUGUGGUAUCACAAAGUGUGUGUUGUGUUGGUAAAUUCUGAAUAAAUAAAAUUUAAUGGAAAUAUAACUGAUAUUCCGAAAGAAAUGACUAAUAACACAUAGCAACUAUGAAGAAGGAACGCACGGGCGACAAUUGUCGUCCUUUCAAACUAGCCCAUCAGAUUCUGAGCUUGACGGGGAUCAGCUUUGAAAGGAGGAGCGUUAUUGGCUUCGUCGAGCUGACUAUCGUUCCCCUGAAGGAUAACCUACGUUAUAUUAGGCUGAAUGCGAAACAGUGCCGUAUUUACCGGGUGUGCCUGAAUGACCAAUAUGAGGCUAACUUCCAAUAUUUUGACCCAUUUUUGGAUAUUUGCCAGGCUGACCCAAAUACGAGAUCAUUGGAAGUCUUCUCCCAAUUCCACUUAUCUGCUGCCCAAAAGAUAGACCCUGAUCACAAUUCCGGAGAGCUCCAUGUCCAGAUUCCAGAAGAAGCUGCCCAUUUGGUGGGUGAGGGGAGAGGACUUCGGAUUGGUAUUGAAUUCUCAUUGGAGUCUCCUCAAGGUGGAAUGCAUUUUGUGGUUCCUGAUGGAGAAGGGACUUUGGUGGAGAAAUCAGCGCAUAUGUUCACCUACGGACACUCAGCACGCCUCUGGUUCCCUUGUGUGGACAGUUUUGCGGAGCCCUGUACAUGGAAAUUGGAGUUCACGGUUGAUGAAAGUCUUACUGCAGUCUCUUGUGGGGAGCUGGUUGAUGUUGUGUAUACCCCGGAUCAUAGAAGAAAGACUUUCCAUUACCUGGUUAAUACUCCGGCUUGUGCCCCUAAUAUUGCUUUGGCUAUAGGACCAUUUGAAACAUACGUAGACCCUUUCAUGAAUGAAGUAACACACUACUGUUUACCCAACUUGCUGCAAAUACUGAAGAAUACUGUGCGGUACCUACAUGAGGCUUUUGAGUUUUAUGAGGAAACACUGUCUACUAGAUAUCCUUAUCCAUGUUAUAAGCAGGUCUUUGUUGAUGAGACAGAAGAUGACGCCACAGCAUACACAACGAUGUCUAUAAUGAGCACCCAUCUUCUCCACUCCAUUGCUAUCAUAGACCAGACAUAUGCCAGCCGCAAGGCCAUGGCCCAAGCCGUAGCCGAACAAUUCUUUGGCUGCUUCAUAACUAUGCAGAAUUGGUCAGACCUGUGGCUAGCUAAAGGCAUACCAGAUUAUAUGUGUGGGUUGUAUUCUAAGAAGUGUUUUGGAAAUAAUGAGUACCGGUAUAUUAUACAUCAGGAGUUGCAAGAGGUAGUUGGAUAUGAAGAACAAUAUGGUGGCAUAGUCCUGGAUCCUUGGCAGCCACCCGCUAGUGGGGCAAGAGUUGAACCCAAAGAUGUAUUUUAUUUCCCCGUCCGAAAUGUUCAUACUAUGUCACCACGUUAUAUUGAGAUAAUGCGCAAAAAAUCUCACCUAGUACUACGGAUGUUAGAACAGCGAAUCGGUCAAGAAUUACUGCUUCAAGUAUUCAACAAGCAACUAUCUCUAGCUACGAACGCAGCUAACACAAAGAUCGGCAGUGGUCUAUGGGGCCAUCUGUUACUGUCUACCAACCUCUUUGUGAAGGCUAUAUUUACGGUGACGGGCAAAGAUAUGGCGGUGUUCGUAGACCAAUGGGUGCGGACUGGUGGUCACGCUAAGUUUCAACUCACCUCCGUGUUCAAUCGCAAAAGAAACACAGUAGAACUAGAAAUCCGUCAAGACUGCGUCCACGAGCGCGGCAUCAGAAAGUACGUCGGACCUUUACUGGUCCAACUACAAGAGUUAGACGGCACAUUCAAGCAUAUGCUACAGAUUGAGAACACGGUCGUGAAAGCGGACAUCACGUGUCAUAGCAAGAGUAGAAGGAAUAAGAAGAAGAAGAUACCUCUGUGUACUGGCGAGGAGGUCGAUAUGGAUCUGUCGGCUAUGGACGACUCCCCAGUCCUAUGGAUCCGCCUCGACCCCGAAAUGUCACUCUUGCGCAGCACAGUGAUAUCCCAGCCUGACUACCAGUGGCAGUACCAGCUGCGUCACGAGCGUGACGUCACCGCCCAGAGUGAGGCCAUUGACGCGUUACACAACUACCCGGAGCCAGCUACGAGGAAAGCUCUGACGGAUGUUAUUGAGAACGAACAGACUUAUUAUAAGAUUAGGUGUAGAGCUGCGCAUUGUUUGACUAAGGUGGCCAACGCAAUGAUAAGUUCAUGGGUAGGUCCGCCGGCCAUGUUGACUAUAUUCCGAAAAAUGUUUGGCUCAUUUGCGGCGCCACAUAUCAUCAAACAGAAUAAUUUUGACAACUUGCAACACUACUUCUUGCAGAAAACUAUUCCUGUAGCUAUGGCUGGUCUAAGAAACAUUCACGGCAUAUGUCCGCCUGAGGUGGUGCGGUUCUUACUGGACCUAUUCAAGUAUAAUGACAAUUCAAAGAAUCAUUUCUCUGACAACUACUACAAGGCAGCCUUGGUUGACGCGUUAGCUGCUACAAUAACGCCUGUUAUAUCCGUAUUGCAACCGGGUGCCCCAAUAACAGCAGAUUCCCUCUCAGCGGACACACGCCUAGUACUAGAAGAAAUAACCCGCGUAUUAAACUUGGAGAAAGUGUUGCCAUGCUACAAGAACACGGUGACGGUCAGCUGUUUGCGAGCCAUACGCCGCCUGCAGCAGUGCGGACACCUGCCCAGUAUACCCACCGUGUUCAGAGCUUAUGCACAGUAUGGACAGUAUAUUGACGUACGACUAGCAGCCUUCGAAUGUCUAGUAGACUUCGUCCGAGUAGACGGGAAGCCAGAAGACCUGUCAUCAUUACUCACCGCAGUAGAAAGUGACGCGGAUCCCUGCGUGAGACACGGCCUAGCUCGCCUGUUGAUCAACAUGCCACCGUUUGAACGAGCCCAGAGACACAGGCUUGAUACUGAAGCUGUGGUACAUAGGCUCUGGAACAACAUAAACUGCCUCCUCUCAAACGAUGCAAGACUUCGUUGUGACCUCGUAGACCUCUACUACACGUUAUACGGUCUCAAGAGACCGAUCUGCGUCCCUCUACCGGAGAUACAAGCCAUGAUGAAGCAGAUGCACCAUAAGGAGAGAGAGAGGCUGGAGAGGGAGAGAGAAAGGGAGAAGGAGAAGGAAAGAGAACGUGAGAGAUUAAAGGAGUUGGAAAUUAAGCCAGUUAUUAAGCAGGAGGUGGAAGAUGUGAAAUACGAGCCAGAAGUGCCAAUGGACACCUCCCUACCCAUGUCCACACUGGACAGAAUAGUGGACAUUCCUCUGGACGACAUGUUACCCGUGCCACUGUCUAGCAUCAAGGAGGAAGAUGUCAAGAUUGAUGUUACUAGUGUGCCUACUGAGUUGCCUGUCAGAGUUUUUAGCGAUGACAACAAACGUGAGUUCAUGACGGACAACGCCGUAGCCCUGCCUGGUAUACCGGGCACCUCAGGCCCUGUGGGCUUCGAGCCUGGCAUGUUCCGGGACAAGGAUGAUAUGGGAGCUCCUAAGGCCAAAAAGAAGAAGAAGGAAAAGAAGAAGCACAAACACAAGCACAAGCACAAACAUAGCAGCAAAGAUAAAUCAAAGGAACACAAAGAUAAGGACCGAUCUCUACCUCCGCGGCCUCCUUCGAGCACGGAACAUUUAAAGAUAAAGGAAGAAACGAGAGAAACUCUUAGCUCUUUCAGUUCCAGUCAAAGCCCUUCUGAAGAUAUCUCGUCGAUGCCUAGUAAUAUGAGUUUUUAAAUCGUUCAAUUAUUUAUUAGUUUAGUUUGUGCCAAACUUAAUGGCGGUUCGGAAAAUUGCGUGUCUCGCUAUGCAGAAAUCAUUAUUAACUGACUUCUCAAGGAGGUUUCAUUCAGCUGUUUUUAGGUGUCAGCUAUACCAGUGGCUUUUUUUUAACGACGUCAAAAGUCAUCAAAUGACGGCCCACAGCGGGAGGGGUCACCCGCAGCCUGUGGGUUAGCAGCCGUGAGGGAGUGUCAGACUCUUACUGACUAAAAGCCGUCGCGUUCCGUCGUAGGCCUUAUAUGUACCAGGGCCACGGUAAGUCUUUCGAACAAUCCCGCAGCCAGUAUCGGCUAACUCGGACGAUUGCGAGCCGCCAUUAAGUUCGGCGAGAAGUAAACUUGACCUCUUCAGUCCAACAUUUGGCCAAAGCGGGAAAUUUGUAUUGCAAAUUAAACAUUAUGCAACUUUAAUAAGGUUCAUUUUAUAAACAUAAGAUUACGCGAAUAUCUGGCCAAGAGAAGAGGCCUUGCAACAUGACUGUCUGAGAAAUGAAGAAUA